CGGUUUGCCACCUUUUUUUGGUAGUAUGUGCGUGCGGCGGCUGAACAAAAAAGAGGAGUAGAAAAUGUAGGGUUGCGCAGAGUUGCAUUCGGCGCACAGCAAAUACUGGGAUCAGUUUUGAGCGCAUGCGUCAACCGGCUCGUGCCGCUUGCCAGCCUUAAAUUAGCUCGCUGCGGCGUCAGUUGAAUUUUGGAUGCAAACGCACGAGGUUGUCGGUUCAGCGUGCUCUGCUCUUCGGUCUCUACGAACCAUGCAGCAGGAUAAUUAAGCGUGACGCGUGUGCGUAACAUAAAAAAAAACAUUAAGCGGCUGUUGGCCCGCCACUGUGCGUCGUCAAAUGAAACUUAAGCUGUGUUAAAAGGCAAACUCACAAAAAUAAAAAAUAAAAUUGAAUAUAAAAAAAGAAAAGAAAAUACAAAAAUAAAAUAAAAGGCGAACGGAAACCCAAAAAUUCCUGCAACACAAAUCAUAAAACGCAGGGGCCGUCCGUACACCGGUUUUUGUUUGUUUGUUGGUUUCUUUUUUUUUCCAUUAUUUUUUGCGCGCAACUCAAAGAACCCAGAAACACCGAACAGCAAGAGGAGAACGCGCAAAUCAAAGAAAUUCUCUAACUCACGCCAUGAUCAAGUCAGAGAUAAAGAUGAGCCGGCUGCUGCUGUUGAGCUCCGCUCUCAUCCUCUGCUCGUGCAGCUGUGUGCGCGGCGCGCCAGCAACAGAAACGGAUGUCGGCAUUACCCAGGGCCCGAGUGGACGCAUAACUGUUAAGGAGCAGACCCCCAUCCAAAUGCCCUGCGUCUAUCAGUUGCCCGAAUCGUACAGGCAGGGCAACAGCGUCACAUUACGCUGGCGCAAGGAUGGCAAGCCGUUGCGUCAGGUGGAGCUGGGCCUGGGCAGCAGCACCACCAGUGAGCCGCAGCUGGAGACAUUGCUGCGGGAAGAUGCCCGUCUCACGCUCAACAAGGAGACCGGCUCGCUGCACUUUGCGAGCGUUUUGGCCAGCGAUGCGGGCGUCUAUCAAUGUCAAUUGCUUGUUGAGGGCCAGUCGGCGGUCACCUCGGGCAGCGGCACUCUGGAGGUGAUUGAGCUGCUGAAGUUCAUGCCGCAGCCGACGUCAAAGAAUCUGGAGUUGGGCAGCACCAGCAAGGUACACUGUAAGGCGCAGGGCCGACCCGCGCCCCAAGUCAAAUGGAUGCGGGAAACCCAAUUGCCCUUGCCGGCCAAUGUGACGGAUCAGAAUGGCACGUUGAUCUUUCGCGGCGUCUCCAAUGAGCAGCGUGGCCAAUACACUUGCUUCGCCUCGAACAGUCAGGGCCAGAUAAAUGCCACCGUCUCCAUCAACGUGGUGGUGGCGCCCAAGUUCACCGUGCCGCCUGCGGGCUCGAUUGAGGUGAGCGAGGGCGAUGUUGCUGUCAUGCACUGCCAGGCGACGGGUGAACCGAGGCCAACGAUACAGUGGGACAAGGACUUGGCAUACCUCAACGAGAACAACACGGAUCCGCUGCGCUUUCGCCUGCUCGACAAUGGCACUCUGGAGAUACACGAUGUGCAGCCGGAGGACGAGGGCCGGUAUGGCUGCACGAUUGGCAGCAGUGCGGGCUUCAAGCGCGAGGAUGCACUGCUGGUGGUCAGGAGCAGUAAGUCGGCAUCCAAUUCCAUUGUGACCCGCAUCAUAAUUGUGAUAAUUUGCCUGGCGUUCCUCUACUUCGUGCUGGUGCUGGGCCUGAAGCUUUGGUAUCGCUAUCGCCGUCACAUGGGCAAGGUGCAGCUGGAUGAUGGCGCCCAUGUGGCGGCCGAUGGCGAGGGCCAUGAGCAUGCCGAGCACGAGCCCUGCCUGACCGAUGCGAACUCCAGCAAGAACCUAAAGAGCAAACUGCGCGAGAGCACCAUACUCGAGCAGGAGUCGCAGGUGGCCGACGAUAUAGUCUAGGAUAGAUUGGCUCUCUCUCUCUCUCUCCA